AGAGCAUCUAAACGGAAAACUUUUCCGUGAAGCAUUUGCGGAAAAUCAUGCCAGUCUAGACGUAGCCAGUGUCUGUGUGGUAGAGUUUUCCUGUUGCUGGUUGGGGAUUUAUGGGUACCUCAUUCACCAGACUUCAAAACCCACGUUGUAGAGUAAAGGCUAGUCUUCAGGCAAGACUCCAUGAGAUGUUCCUUUUUAUCACUAGCAAAUAAAGGGGAUAAGAUAGGGCUUCUGUUACUUCAGUAAAAGUAAGCAUGUUUUUUUUGUAAACCUGCAACCACUGAAAUUUUCAGUGGUUACAUGUUUACAUGCAGGUGGUAGGUGACUCCACAGGAGCAGGUGCUCUAGCCAGUUAUCAACUCCUGUAGAUCUACCUCUUCCACUCGCCUGACCUCCCUGCUGCCUCUGAUACAGAGGUGGCUGCAGGUGGGAGGCAGGCAGGAGAGGGUGCUUGCGGGGAGCUGGGGAGGAGGAAGAGAGGAUCCCUGUGUAACUGUGAAGAUUUACUGAUGAGCCCAGGUUCAUUGGUUAACUGUUUAAAUGACUACACUGUCACAUCCCUAAAUAAAAGUAGCAACAUUUCACAAUGCUGUUGUAGAAAGGAAGUCCUGAACUCUGCUGGGAUAUAUAUGAAACUAAUGUUUAUAAUUAGCUUUUGACUCCUCCAACUGCUCUAUAAAUGGCUCUGUUGCUGAAUCUCAUAAGACAACUGCUGGAAUACUUUGGCAUACCAACUGAUCAGUUCAUACCAAUGCUGGAAGCUCAUAGAGUCAAUAGCAGCAUUGGCCGUAUGAUUGAAACAUGUCUUCAUUCAACACCCUUCUCAAGAAGGCACUUUCAGCGGGUAUAUGCUGUCAUAAGGAAAUGUCAGGUGCAGCGUAUAUCAGCAUGGCAACGUAAGGAAUAUGGAUCUACACGAAGCAUUGUUCGUAGACUUGGGACAAUUAUUUCUUUAGAAUCUUGUCCAAGACCUCACUUUCAGAUGGUCCAAGAUCUGAAUUCUUUGGAUUAUGAUGAACGAAGUACAACUCCAAGCACUGUAGUUCCAUCUCUUGGUGAUAUCCUGAGAGUGGUAAAUGAUGAGAGAAAAGCUAAUGCUAGAUUUAGGGCUGAAUCAUGGGGAGAGGAAAAAAUUACUGUUGACUAUGAUGCAUCUCCAACUAUAGUUUCUUUGCCAACUGUUCUAAAGAAUAGAGCAGAAAAAGAAAAUCUUGUGAAUGAAGAAGCAAUGAAAAAAAUUUCUACACUUGAAAAUGAGUUAUCUCUUCUUCGUGCCCAGAUUGCUGCAAUUGUUGCAGUGCAAGGAUCAAGAAAUAGCAAUCAAUCAGGGUCAGAAGCCUUAAAUUCAUUUGGCACUCCAGAUGGUUCUUUCCCUGUGCCCGCAAUGACUUCUACACCAUUGUUCACUGCACCGGAUUGCUUUGUAAUUCCUCCACCUCCUCCACUUCCCUCCAUAGUACCAUCUGCCUUUGAUGCCAGUAAUUCAGCAAUUAAACUUAUUAAACAACGUCGGGCUGCAAAUAAGGCCAGCUCAACAGCUGUUGGCAAUACUGAACACCAGAAUACUGAGGGUGUUCUUAGUAUGAUGGAUGUUCUGAAAGAUAUAAACAAGAUCCGACUGCGAGUUGUUGAAAAGUCACCUGGUGGUACACCUCUUCCUAAGACAAGAAAAAGGCGGAGUUCUCAGUGGGACCCAGCAGCCCUAAUAGCUCAUGCUCUAAAGCAGAAAUUUGCACAUCAAAGUGGCAAUGAUUCGUUGGACAAAGAAAACAGAUCUUGUGAUACCUCUCCCUUUUCCAGUCCAGAAGCCCCAAUGGUUGGAUGUAAAAUUUUGAAGCCAAGCUCAAAGGACAACCCCAUAAAAACUAAGGAAAUAACACAGGUAUCAACAGGGAAAGGAAGGGUAAAUAUUUAACUGGUGGUGCCACGUGGAAAAACCCAGCAACUUGCAUGCUUGAGAGGCAGGACCACUUCAGGAGCAAUUUCAUAAAAUGUACUCUGGGAUAUACAUCGCUUCCAUGUUCCAGGAGCUGUGCUUUCUAAAACUACCUCUUUUGAUUGAGUAUCCAACAGCCAAGCUUGUCAGUGUGUUGUCUGCUUAUAAAAAAUACUUUAUUGGCAUUCAUUGCUUUAUAGUUGCAGACCAGAAUGUAUGAAGCUAAGUUUUUGGAUGCUCUGAAUGGAAAGCCCAGGGAUGCAGAUCAUAUAAAAAAGAUUGGAUGUUUCUCAGGGUGGAGAGUGAAGUACAUGUGGGAGUGUAGAAAUAAAAUAUUAAUAGCUCUGCAAAUUAAGUUUUAAGCAAGUGUAUACCAUGUAAUCAAUAUUAAUGUGAGAAUAGUGGGUCCCCCUGAGCUUUAUUAUAUUUUCCUAAAGCAAUUCAGUAUUCCAUGCACAAACAGUCUCUUAACUUACUAUGGAUCUACAGAGAAGACCUUCUUAAUAUGUAUGUAGUGAUAUGACAUACCAGUCUUGUCACAUAUGAGCUGUGUGUUAACUGCCUAGUGUGAGAGAAAUUUGUGCUGUGUGGCGGCUCUGGAGAGACUUUGGCUUUAAGAAGCAUAGUCUAAAUUCAUUAUAUAAAUAUACAUUGACUAUGGCUUGUUUCCCUUUUGCUUCCCUAUUUUAGGUAGGGGUUUUUUUUGUACAUAGUUUAUAAAAUAAAU